AACCUACCAAUGGCCACUUCCACACUUUUCUCCCUCUCAUCAUGCACUCCCCAAAGCAAAUUGUUGUCCAAUCAGAAGUCACACACGCUAUCCCCAACCAUGUCAUUGUUGUCACCCCAAGUGGGACAAAAACACCUCAACAACCCUCUAACAUACAAUGUUUCUCCAAUUCGCAUGAAUCCUAAGAGAAUUCAUAUUGGUGGUUUAGUGAAGGCAUCAAUGAAUAACAAGAACGUGGAUGUGUUCACCAAGGAGCAUCUUGCUGUGUCUUUGGCCAAAUAUGUUGCUGACCUCUCCAAUAAAUUCAUCAAAGAGAGAGGGUGUUUCACUGUUGUUCUGUCUGGUGGGUCUGUCAAGUACCUCAGGAAGCUGGUGGAACCUCCAUAUUAUAACUCUAUCGAUUGGUCUAAAUGGCAUAUAUUUUGGGUGGAUGAGAGAGUUGUGCCUAAGACUCACGUAGAUAGCAACUACAAGCUUGCUUAUGAUGGAUUUAUCUCCAGGGUUCCAAUUCCUCCUCUCAAUGUCAACACUAUUGAUGAUGCAUUACCAGCUGAUGGAGCAGCUGAUGUUUAUGAAACAACACUCAGACGCUUGGUUGCAAGCAAUGUGAUAGCUAAAUCAUCAGUCACUGGAUUACCAAAAUUUGAUCUUGUGAUGUUGGAUAUGGGCCCUGAUGGCCAUGUAGCUUCUCUGUUCCCAGGGCAUUCUGCAGUGAAAGAGACUAAAAAGUGGGUUACCUACCUCAAGAAUGCACCCAAACCACCACCUGAGAGGAUUACAUUUACCAUGCCAGUGAUUAAUUCUUCUUCAAACAUAGCAAUGGUUGUCACUGGUGCUGGUAAAGCAGAUGCAGUCUACUCUGCAUUGGAGAAAGCUCCUGGUGAUGAUAAGCUCCCUAUUCAAUUGGUUUCUCCUGAAGGAGAGUUGAAAUGGUUCUUAGACAAGGGUGCUGCUUCAAGGUUGUAUACAUAG